AUGGAUCCCUCGCAGGUCAAGAUCCCUCCCAUGAAAGACCUGACGGCCGACAACAUCACCGAGAACGUCAUCCGGAUCAAUUCCCUCUGCGAGGACGAGCGCAUGAAGUAUGUCCUUGAGCGACUGGUCACGCAUCUCCACGACUUCGCCCGCGAGACUCGGCUCAGCUCACAGGAGUGGAUGACCGGCUUGACCUUCCUCAAGGAGGUGGGCCAGAUCUCCUCCGAUGUACGACAGGAAUUCAUCCUCCUCUCCGACGUCCUCGGCCUCUCCAUCCUCGUGGACUCUAUCGACCACCCCAAACUCCCCGGCUCCACCGAAGGCACCGUCCUGGGACCCUUCCACACCCAUGAAGCCGAGGAAAUCAGUCAGGGCGGCCUCAUAUCGCACGAUCCCAAGGGCAAGCCCCUCCUCGUCGUCUGCACCAUCAAGGACACCAACGGCAACGCCCUGAAGGACGUCAAGGUCGACAUCUGGGAGACCGACUCGACCGGCCACUACGACGUGCAGUAUGCCGGCCGCGACGGGCCAGACGGCCGCUGCAUCAUGCGCAGCGACGCCGACGGCGUCUUCUGGUUCAAGGCCAUCACCCCCGUGCCAUAUCCCAUCCCGCACGACGGGCCCGUCGGCAAGCUGCUGAAGAAACUGCACCGCCAUCCGUACCGGCCCUCGCAUAUGCACUUCAUGUUCCAGAAGGAGGGCUACGAUCAUCUGAUCACGGCGCUCUACCUCCGCAACGACCCCUACGAAACCUCCGACGCUGUCUUCGGCGUCAAGGACUCGCUCAUCGUCGACCUGGGCAAGGCCGGCCCGGAGUACGCGAAGAAGUACAACGUCCCCGAGGACCAUGCCCUGCUCACCUACGACUUCAUCCUCGUCACCGACCAGGAGACUGCCGACUUGCGCGCCAAGAACUCCAGGGAGGCGCUGGAUAAGCUGGGGCACAAGGUGCGCAUCGUCAAUGGGUUGCCGGUGCCGGAUUUGGAUUGA